AUGCCUCCCGGCGGCGGCGGGCCCAUGAAAGACUGCGAGUACAGCCAGAUCAGCACCCACAGCUCCUCCCCCAUGGAGUCGCCCCACAAGAAGAAGAAAAUCGCGGCCCGGAGGAAAUGGGAGGUGUUCCCGGGACGAAACAAGUUCUUCUGCAACGGGAGGAUCAUGAUGGCCCGGCAGACGGGCGUCUUCUACCUGACUCUCAUCCUCAUCCUGGUCACUAGCGGACUCUUCUUCGCCUUCGACUGCCCGUAUCUAGCAGUGAAAAUCACCCCCGCCAUCCCUGUGGUUGGUGGCAUCCUGUUCUUCUUCGUGAUGGGGACCCUGCUUCGCACCAGCUUCAGCGACCCUGGAGUCCUCCCGCGAGCCACGCCUGAUGAAGCCGCCGACCUGGAAAGGCAAAUAGAUAUCGCAAACGGCACCAGUUCCGGGGGGUACCGCCCACCUCCCAGAACCAAAGAAGUCAUCAUCAAUGGCCAGACUGUGAAACUGAAAUACUGUUUCACCUGCAAGAUUUUCCGGCCCCCUCGUGCCUCUCACUGCAGCCUUUGCGAUAACUGCGUAGAACGGUUUGAUCACCACUGUCCCUGGGUAGGCAACUGUGUGGGGAAAAGAAACUACAGAUUUUUUUAUAUGUUUAUUUUAUCUCUGUCUUUUCUGACAGUCUUUAUAUUUGCAUUCGUUAUCACCCACGUCAUUCUUCGUUCACAGCAAACAGGAUUCCUAAAUGCACUUAAGGACAGCCCUGCGAGCGUGCUGGAGGCCGUGGUGUGCUUCUUCUCCGUCUGGUCCAUCGUUGGCCUCUCGGGUUUCCACACCUACUUGAUCAGCUCCAACCAGACGACGAAUGAAGACAUUAAAGGAUCUUGGUCAAAUAAAAGAGGUAAAGAAAAUUACAAUCCCUACAGCUAUGGAAAUAUCUUCACAAACUGCUGCGUUGCCCUGUGCGGGCCCAUCUCUCCAAGCCUCAUUGACAGAAGAGGGUACAUCCAGCCGGACACCCCGCAGCCGGCAGCGCCUUCCAACGGUAUCACCAUGUACGGGGCCACGCAGUCACAGAGCGACAUGUGCGACCAAGACCAGUGCAUUCAGAGCACCAAAUUCGUUUUGCAGGCCGCAGCCACGCCCCUGCUGCAGAGCGAGCCCAGCCUCACCAGCGACGAGCUGCACCUGCCCGGGAAGCCCGGCCUGGGCACGCCCUGUGCCAGCCUGACGCUGGGCCCGCCCACGCCGCCCUCCUCCAUGCCCAACCUGGCCGCCGAGGCCGCGCUGGCCGACGUCCUGCCCCGCAAGGAGGAGCACGUGGCACACCAGUUCCUGACCCCGGACGAGGCGCCCUCGCCCCCCGGGCUGCUGGCAGCGGGCAGUCCCCUGGCGCACAGCCGCACCGUGCACGUGCUGGGCCUGGCCAGCCAGGACUCGCUGCACGAGGACUCCGUGCGCGGCCUGGUGAAGCUCAGCUCCGUGUGACCCGCGUGGGCCUGGGGCUAGGGGCAGCGACCAAGUGCCACAGACGAGGUGACAGCCCCGGGUCCAAGGUGACAGCCCCAGGUCCGGGGUGCAGAGAUCCCUUAGAGAGUGGACGGAGCCCCAGCUCAUGGCAGAGGGCGGCGGGACCCAGAUGCUUUGCGCUUGGUUUUAUUCGAAUUUUCUUCCCCACCUUGAGCGCUGUGACAAAAAUGAAAAUAGAGAAGAAGCUUUUUUCAAAAGCUUGGAACCUGAAGGGUGGGCCUAGGGAUGGGGCAGUCUCCGGGGGCGGAAUCAGAGUCGGGGAAGAACAGAAGCUGCCUGGACGUUACACGGCCGUCUGCCACUCUGUGACAGACACACGGAAGGUGGCCGGACUGAAAUUGCACUUAAGUGUUAUGCUACUAAUAUUUGAAAUAGACACACCAUUCCAUUUGUUAAUUAAAACAACAAAAAAAACCAACGGGAAAAAGCGCCCAGACGUGGAUUUGCAUGCCACGCUGCCGUCUGUGCUACAGUGGUGUUGGUAUUCCAAAGGAAGUGCUGCUCUCCUUCUUUUUUCUUUCUUUUUUUGAUUUUGUGAAUU